AUGGAGUGCCAAAAAUGUAAAAAAGUGUUAUCGAGGAAGGGUUCGCAUUUCAUGUGUCAAGGACCAUGCCAAGGGACAUUUCAUAAAGGUUGUGUUAAAGGCCUUGCUGCUGAUAUAAAAGCAGGUAAAGACAGAAUCUACUGUAAUAAUUGUGAAGAGGAAGACGAAGAUUCGGAGAGUGAGGAAAUAGAGGAAGAUAGUCAAAACCUUAAGAAAAUGCUAAAAGACAUCCAAAAAAAGGUCAGUGUCCUUCCAAGUCUUAUAAAACAGUUAGAUACCAUAAAAGACAGUAUGAAUCUUCUCUCCGACAAAUACGAUAAUUUAGUGGCGGAACAAGAUCAAGCAAAAACCAAAAUUAAUAAGCUUGAAAAAACAGUUUCAACAAUUAACAACAAAUGUGUGUACUUAGAAAAAUGUAACAUCGCUCUUGAACAAAAAGUGCACGAGUUUGAGCAAGCUACCCGACAAAAUAAUAUUGAAAUAGUUGGUGUUGAGCAGAUUCCAGGAGAAAAUAUAAAAGAAGUCGUGAAGAAAAUAGGUAGUAUUAUGGAGGUGUGUAGUGAUGACAUUGCAUGGUGUAAGCGUAAACAAACACGUAAUCAAAGCAAUAAACCUGCCUCAAUCAUGGUUUGGUUUAAAACAACGGGCACCGCUACUCGUGACAGCUGGCUAGCUCAGCGACGAAAGCUGGUUGGAGUGACAAGUAAAAACAUUACAGAAGGUAAAAAUAUGGACAGAAUAUACGUUAACGAGGAUUUAACAACUUCUAAUAAAUCUUUACUAUGGAACGCAAAGAAGCAACUUAAGGGUAUAUUCAAAUAUAUAUGGGUGAGCAAUGCCAGAAUAUUAGUGAAGAAAGACGAAGGAGAUAAGUCUGCGUGGAUAAGGUCAGAAAGUGAUAUCAAUGAAUUGCUCACAAAAAAGUGA